AUGACAUUUUGUUUAAAAUCUGACGAUAUUUUGACGACGUUGAUACAAGUAUCGCUAUCGCAGUGUGUGGAUGAAUGUGCAACAAGAACAAAUUGUCAGGCGGUUAACUAUUUCAACCGACUUCACACAUGUGAACUUAUCUCGGAUGAUAAUGGUGUCUUGCUUCAGAGUGCAAAGAAAACUCGUGGGUGUAUCUUCGUUAAAAAAGCUGACAUGGGUGUAAGCAAGGUUAACGAAAACUGUUCUUGUAACCCUGGGGAGUCAUGCGGUUUUGAACCCAAUUUAUCAUGUGUGAUUAAAGAAUGCGAAAGAUUAACAAUAGAAAAUGGCAUAGUAAAUGGAAAUAUGCGGUCAAUAGGGGCUUCAAUAACAUACGAAUGCAACCAAAUGUACAUUGCAACAUUUCAAGCACCAGGGGCGACUUGUCUUGCAAAUGGGACAUGGUCAUACACACCCGAUUAUACUAAAGGAAAACGCACCUGCACAGGUUGCAUACGCCCGAGAGAUUGUCGAGACAUACAAACUAUAAACAAGACAGCAGAGACAGGGCUGUUUGAGAUUUAUCCAACAGGAAGCGAUGGUUUUAGCGUUCGCUGUGACAUGGACACGCCACCUGGUGGCUGGACGGUUAUUCAACGAAGACAAUCAAAUAGCAGUUUCUUCAAGAACUGGGAAGCAUAUAAGGAAGGGUUUGGAAAGUUAGAUAACAAUUUUUGGUUAGGGAACGAUAAAAUAUGGAAACUUACAAGCAGAGGUCAGUACAAACUACGAGUUGAUCUUAUAGAUCAAAAUGGCUCGGAGGGAUAUGCAGAAUACAGUUCAUUUUCUAUUGGAAAUGAGUCGGCGAAAUAUAUUUUGAAUAUCGCUGGGCAUAGCGGAACAGCCACAGACAGUUUGGUUGAGAGACAUAACGGAAUGGUGUUCAGCACUUUUGACCGACAUCAUGAUACUUCUAAUCAUCACGAUUGUGCAGAAUAUUAUAAAGGAGGUUGGUGGUAUUGCGACUGUCAGUCAUCUAAUUUAAACGGACCAUAUGGGAACGUUGCUUGUAAUCGCGGAAUGACUUGGAAAGAUUGGAGGAAUGAAUGUGUCUUUAUGAGAUUUACUGAAAUGAAAAUACGCCGGACAGAGUAAUACUUUUUUAAACAAGCUUCGAAAAUAUUGUAUAACUGCGAGUGUGCGCACGUGUACAAG